GAACGACGGAAAGAAACAGAAAAGAAUGGUAGACUUGGUGGUGGAAGGUGCCAUGAAACCAUUACUCAUCGCCUUAAUGGUUUUGCUUACCAGGACGGGCUUUGCCUUCUCUCCCACGAAUGCCAGGCCACUACUUAGCCAGCAAACAUCCCAAUCCCUAAACGGAAUACCCUUUUACCAUAUACACGGCCCACCGCCACCACCUGCCAAGGGUGCCAAUGUUUUUUCUAGCCCCCCACCACCACCCCUUGUCCCCAAGGGUGCUAUUUUCUUUGCUAGCCCGCCACCACCCCCAAUCCCCAAGGGUGCUAUUUUCUUUGCUAGCCCGCCACCACCCCUAAUCCCCAAGGGUGCCAUUUUCUUUGCUAGCCCGCCACCACCGUCUCCCAGGCCUGCCAGUACUGGACCCUCUAAAGACCAGUCUCCUUCCGAGAUACCUUCACCGCCAUCAUUUUAAAUCGGGGGUAAUUAAUGAGGGCCCGAAUAUUGUGCUAUAUAGUUGAGUGCUAAUGCAACGUCCUGGCAAUCGUGUUAGCAAACCAAGCAUUAUUUAUAGCAAUUAUUUUUGUUCUCAUCGAUUGAAUAUUGUAUGCCCGUGUGUUCCAA